GACAACGGCCCGGUACACAUGUUCGCCGGUUCCCUUCAUCCGAGACCGAGUUUCGAAUCCUAACCGACAAUCCGAUCCGGCAUUCCUAGUGAGUAGUGAUAAAAUUCGUUUUGUUGCCGCGGAAGAAACAUCGCCGUCCGUCGUGUCCAGUGCACGAAUUGAACAUAAUCGACUUAUCGUCGUCCGUCGUUAUCAUGUGCCGCCGCCGUUGCGAACUCACGCCGGAAGGAGGCAAAUCGUCGGCGUGAUCCACAAAAAUUCGUCGUGUUUAUUACGCGAUCUAGAAACGUCGUCGGCGCGACGUUUUGCGCGCGUUUCAUCAACUAUUCUAUAAAUUCGACUGUCCACCGGAACAGAUAAUCAAAAAGAAAACAAUGGCAGACAUAUCUCUAAAAGAAUCUCCUUGUUACAACAAUUCUUUAGUAACUACCUCAACACCUUACAAAAGCAUAAAUGACAGCGGCUACAGUUCUCCAAGUUAUACUAUUUCCUCUAAUCUCAGUCAGAUAUCUGAAGUAUCUAUUUCAUUUGAUCAUACACCAUCAGAUUUUGAUUCACUUCAAUUAUUGUCACCAACUCAUGAUUUUACCCUAGACAAAAAUGAUAGGAAAUUAGAAGAUAUUACUAAUACAGUAGAGUCUCCUACAAAAAAACUAAAAUUGUGUUCUAACUUGGAAUUGGGUUUUCGUUUACAUGAAACUUUAAACAAUGAUGACAGUCAGUUCUUAAAAAGAAAAAACCAUAUUCCACCAAAAAAUGUCAACCGUGAACGUAUUUCUAUAGAAGGUCGAGAAAAAGUUGACUUAAUGUAUUUCCUAUCAGAACGUUAUCAUUUCCAACCAGUCAUUGAAAAAAUAUUAUCUUUUUUAUCUGGUAGUGAUAUUAUGUCAAUGAGUAUGGUAUCUAAAAUUUGGUGUACUGCUAUUGAAAAUUCUCCAAUUGCUCAAAAAAAGAAACAAAAGUAUUUUAAAUUAUCAAAAGAAAAUCGCUGUGGAUACGUUGGUCGAGACCGUUCAGCGUUUAACAACAAAGGAUGCCUGGCUAAUAUUAGCAAUGUUAUGCGUUCUCCAUCAAAAAGAGAAUUACCUCAAAGAAGUCCACCUGUCAGUCCGAGUAAAUAUAGAUUCCACGUAUUUCAAAAAGAAGCCAAAAAAUUAAGUUCAGAUCAGCAAUUGGUUCCAUGUCCACGGUGUUCAAGGCCAGCAUCGUGGUCACCCUCCCAAUCAACUCGAGCAGAAUGUAAAGGUUUUCAUUGUAAAUUCAUAUUCUGCACAGAGUGUAAAUGUGAAUAUUCUAACAAAUUUGAACACAAAUGUUUAUCUAUGCCAAUUUUAUCAAUGUCAUCAUAUAACUGUCGUCCAAUGGUAUAUAAUUUAUCCAAAAGGAAACAUAAUUUGCGAAGACUGUAAGUAAAUAUAAUAUUUUUUCAAAACAUUUUACCUCUCGACAGUGUCUUAAAAUGUUACCUAAACAUUUGGAGUUGUAUGCUUUAUUAAAAAUGUAUUUGUAACGGUAUGAGAAUCAUAAUUUUUUUAUAUGUUGUUGUUAUUAAUAUAAUUUUUUUUUUCAAUGUUCUGACCAAUUUGGUUUUUUAUAUAGUUACUUGUUUAUAAUUAUAAAUUUUUUUUUUUUUUAAAUUUCAAUUAUGUAACUUUAAUUUAUUUCACAUAAUUAUUAUUUUUCAAGUCGAUAAUUGAAAUUAUUUGCUCAAAAUAUUAAUAUAUAAAGAAAAAGAAAAUGAUUACAUAUAAGAUUUUGAAUUAAAUUUUUAAUCGACUGAACCUUAAAAAGUAAUGUUACCAAUGGCUUAUUGUCAUAACAUGUAUACUAUUAAGAACAUAAUUUUAGAUGAAAACUCAUGUACAAAUUGAAUAAGUUUUGCUCUCUAAUGUAUUUUUAAGUACUUUGUUUUUAUAUUUUUAAAUAUACAAUUAACAGUUCUACUUAAUUUUUGUAUCUUUUUUUAUUUUAACUAGGUUUUUAUAUUAACGUAAAGUGAUUUUUUUUAUAAUAAUUUAAUGUAUUUAAUAUAUUUAUGUUCCCAUAUUUUACAACUUUACGGGUACAUAUUUUUGAUUUUCAUGACUUAAUUUUACACUUGAAUCUCAUUUAUUUUUAUUUUGUAUCAAUCACUUUGUUUACUUAUCUAUUUGCCAUUUAAUUAUAUGGUUAUUGCUAACCAAAAUUAUUUCAAUAAGAAUACCUUUUAUAUUUUAUAAAUAUAUACUUGAUAUUAAACAUUCCUCUGCUCAAUUUUUUUUUAUACUGUGUGUCUUUUGUAUAGUACUUAAAAGUUAAGUAAUAAAAAAAAUUAAAUGUACUUUGUAGUUGAUUAAGAUUUAAUUACAAAUUUUUUAUAACAUAAGAAAAUUGUAUAUAUAUAUUAUAUACCAAAUUGAUUUGAAUAAAAAUUAAUUUAUUUGA